AUGUCUUGCCGCUCCUACCGUGUCAGCUCUGGUCACCGUGUGGGCAACUUCAGCUCUUGCUCAGCAGGGAUCCCCCGAAACCUGAACCGCUUCCGGGCCAGCUCUGUCUCCUGCAGGAGCGGGCCCAGCUUCCGGGGCAUUGGUGGCUUUGGUAGUCGGAGCGUCAUCACCUUUGGAUCAUGCUCACCCCGGAUAGCGGCUGUAGGCCCUCGUCCCAUCCGCUGUGGAGUUGGCUUUGGUGCUGGCAGUGGGAUGGCCUUUGGCUUUGGUGAUGGCAUUGGUGCUGGUCUGGGGUUUGGGGCCGGCAGUUGCCUUGGCUAUGGCUUCGGCGGCCCUGGCUUUGGCUACAGAGUUGGAGGAAUUGGAGUCCCAGCAGCUCCAUCUAUCACACCCGUGACUGUUAACCAGAGCCUGCUGACCCCCCUCAACCUGGAGAUUGACCCCAAUGCCCAGAGGGUGAAGAGGGAUGAGAAGGAGCAAAUCAAGACCCUCAACAACAAAUUUGCCUCCUUCAUCGACAAGGUGCGGUUCCUGGAACAGCAGAAUAAGCUCCUAGAGACCAAGUGGAGCUUCCUCCAGGAGCAGAAAGGUGCCAGAAGCAACCUGGAGCCCCUCUUUGAGAACUACAUCACCAACCUGCAGAGGCAGCUGGAUAUAGCGAACAGUGAACGGGCCCGGUUCGAGGCUGAGAGGAACCAACUGCAGGAUGUCCUUGAGGGUUUCAAGAAGAAGUAUGAAGAGGAGGUAGUAUUCCGGGCCAACGCUGAGAAUGAGUUCGUGGCUCUGAAGAAGGAUGUGGAUGCAGCUUUCUUAAAUAAGGCUGAACUAGAGGCCAACGUGGACACCCUAACACAGGAAAUUGACUUCCUGAAAACCCUCUACGCGGCGGAAAUCCAGUUGCUGCAAUCACACAUCUCAGAGACAUCGGUCAUCGUGAAGAUGGACAACAGCCGAGACCUGGACCUUGAUGGGAUCAUCGCCGAAGUCAGGGCCCAGUAUGAAGAAGUCGCCAAGCGAAGUCGGGCUGAUGCUGAGGCUUGGUACCAGACCAAGUAUGAGGAGAUGCGGGUGACAGCUGGCCAGCACUGUGACAACCUGCGCAACACACGGGAGGAGAUCAAUGAGCUGACCCGCCUGAUCCAGAGGCUGAAGGCAGAGAUCGAGCACGCCAAGGCUCAGCGGGCCAGGCUGGAGGCCGCGGUGGCUGAGGCAGAGCAGCAGGGCGAGGCUGCCCUCAACGACGCCAAAUGCAAGCUGGCGGAUCUGGAGGCCGCCCUGCAGCAGGCCAAGCAAGACAUGGCGCGGCAGCUGCGCGAGUACCAGGAGCUCAUGAACGCCAAGCUGGGCCUGGACAUCGAGAUCGCCACCUACAGGCGCCUGCUGGAGGGCGAGGAGAUCCGGAUCUGCGAAGGUGUCGGACCAGUAAACAUAUCCGUGAGCAGCUCCCGGGGCGGCGUGGUGUGCGGACCUGAGAGCUUGGUCACCAGCUCCACCCUCUCCCGCAGUGGGGUCACCUUCUCGGGCAGCAGCAGCAUCCGGCCCAGCGGCGCCUGCGGCACGAGCCUGGGCGGGGUCGUCGUGGCGGGUGGGGACCUGCUGAGCGCUGGUUCCCGGGGGGGCUCGGUGCUCGUGGGCGAGGCCUGCAUCCCCAGCGUCCCCUGCCCGCUGCCCACCGAGGGCUUCAGCAGCUGUAGCGGGGGCCGCAGCUCCAGCCUCCGCUUCGUGUCCACCACCACCUCCCGCCGAACCAAGUACUGA